AUGGAAGAACCGCGAAGCAUUCUGAAAAGAGAAACCAAUGUAGUUGAUGAAAAAAAAUUAGACGUUAGUGAAGAGACAGGGACUACUCCUCCUGUAAAAUCCUUCAUUCCGCAUCAUGAAAAACUGUUAACACAUAGACUAGGCACGGAGAUUGAGAAUAUUGUGAGACAGCAAGCAAACAAGGCCCUUCGUGGAAUCGAAGACAAAACGCUUGGAUGGAAAUUGCUUCUGGAAGAAGAUGAUAUGAGGAUAUAUCGACGGGAUGAAGAAAUCAACGGCAUCGCAUAUGAACCUAUCAAGGCGUUUUUUACUGUAAGCGGUAUUACAGCUUUCGAGCUAUGCCAUUUCUUUUUUUCUCCGGAAUAUAGGUAUGAUUGGGACGUUCUAGUGGAUAAUAUGGUGGUUAUUGAAGAAAUCGAUGAUGAUUCACUGAUUUUCAUGCAGAAAUACAAGAGGGUUUGUUUUUCCAGCCAGAGAGAUUCCGUAUUCUGGUCUCAUAUAAGACAACUGGAAAACGAGAGUGGUUCAGAUCAAUGGGUUGUCGUGAAUCAUUCCACUGAACAUCCAGAUUAUGAAGAGGCCACUAGUAAAUGUGUGAGGCUUCAUCUUACGGCAUGUUUAUUCUGCCAAACCCAAUUCAAACCUCCAAUAUCUAACAAGGAAGGAGUUGUUUCCAGAGAACAGAUCAGGUGCAAGAUAACUUACUGUGCAACAAUCAAUCCAGGAGGUUGGAUUGCCGCAAUCUUCCUAAAACCAUUUUAUAAAAAGGAAUGCUCAAGAUUUCUGAGACGUUUGACUACAUACGCAAAAAAUCGAACUAAGAAUAAUCCAAUAAGGUUUAAUUGA